GCUUUGAGGGAGGACUGGCUGACUCCAAAGUCAAGUGCAUGCAUGAUAGUAAUCCAGCCAAGAUGUGAUGAUGCUGUUAGUGUAAACAGUGCACAUCAGCGUGGAUGUGCUUUGAACUACACAAGCCACUAAAAUCGAAUUUAUUGCCGAACAAAUAAACUCAGAAUAGUCAAUCAAAUCAAUUAAUUUCUCAGCCCUUGUAGCGUAGUACAGCACUGGAAAAAAAAUAAGAGACCACUGCAAAAUUAUCAGUUCCUCUUAUUUAGCUAUUUCUAGGUAUAUGUUUGAGUAUUUUUUUUUUAAAAGAAAUGCUAUCAUUUAGAGCAGCAGUUUUUUUUUUUUUUUUUUUUCCAUUUUUCAGAACGAUUUCAUGUAAAGACACAUUUUGAGGGAGCAUUAUAGAAACGGAGAAUAAACGGUUAAAUAUACAAAUCAGCAUGACACUGAAUGUCGGCGUUGUUAUUAGUGAGAGCUCUGCGCUUGUUUCUCUUCGACGAGCCGGUGCCAUUUUGGGGUAAUCUUUUAUUGUUUCAAAAAAGUCCAAAGGCUUUUCUUUUAAUGCGGAGUGCAUGUGCCGAAGUAGUUUUGAUGUCUUCAUUGCCUCACUUGCGACGCACCUGAUUUUCAAACAAAAACUUUAUUCAGACUGAUGAUGAAUACAAUACUUUUGUUCAAUAUCUCUGCCUGACCUGGGACCAACCGUCCUGCGGCCCAAUACGAGUCCCUCGCCCGGUGCUUGGGGACCCCUGAUUUAGAGCAUUUAUUUGCAAAAAAGGAAAAAUGGGCAAAAUACCACAAAGGUUUCAGCUUUAAACAGUGGGACAUUGAGAUUUUUCAUGAGUUGUUCCCCAAAGGGACGAGAUGAAACCCUCCGUCCCGUGAACCUUUGAACAGAAGGAUUACCUGCUAUGUCACACACACACACACACACACACACACACACUCACGUGUCGCGGCGAUGAAGGGAGAUCAGUUGUCGGCGUUUGUUUGGCCGUUAUUAUUUUUAGCCCGCCGCCAUGAUCCCGUCUUUAUCGGGACAUGUGCAAUUGUGGCAGAGGGAGCGAUUGCAUGACUGACGGCCUUUACGCCAACACACAGGACACGAGACCUUAUCAAUGGGGAACUACAAAUCCAGACCAUCGCAGACGUGUACAGAUGAGUGGAAGAAGAAGGUGAGCGAGUCGUACUCGCUGAUCCUGGAGAAGCUGGAAGAUGACCUCCAGCUCAAAGACAGCGAGCUGGUGGACCUCAAACUUGCGUUCAGCUCAGACGAGGCGUUUCAGAAGGUCAACUUGAACUACCGGACAGAGAGAGGCCUGUCCCUGCUGCAUCUCUGCUGUGUGUGCGAAGGUAACAAGGGACAUAUCAGCUCUUUAAUGGUCAAAGGUCUCCGCCCUUCCAGACUGACCAAGAACGGAUUCACUGCACUCCACUUGGCGGCGUACAAGGACAACGGCGAGCUGGUUACCGCGCUCCUCCACGGGGGAUCGGACGUACAGCAGCUGGGCUACGGAGCCCUCACCGCCCUGCACGUCGCCACGUUGGCCGGACACAUGGAGGCGACUGAUAUUCUCCUCCAGCAUGGGGCUUCUGUCAACGUCCAGGAUGCUGUGUUUUUCACCCCGCUGCAUAUCGCCGCCUAUAACGGCAAUGAGCAGCUUUCCAAACUGCUGCUGAAGUUUGGCGCGGAUGUGAACGCCAGUGGCGAAGUGGGCGACCGGCCGCUGCAUCUGGCCGCAGCCAAGGGUUUCCUUGACAUCAUUGCACUUCUGGUCGGGGAAGGGGGGAAAGCUAACGUGAACGCUCAGGACAAUGAGGACCACGUGCCCCUCCACUUCUGUGCCCGCUUUGGCCACCAUGAAGUCAUUCGCUUCCUCCUUCAGGGCAACUUUGACGCACAGGCUCACGCCACCAACAUCUACGGAGAUACGCCGUUACACUUGGCCUGCUACAAUGGCAAAUAUGAGGUCGUGAAGGAGAUUAUCCAGCUCUCUGGUGCGGAGAGUCUUACCAAGGAGAACAUUUUCAGCGAGACAUCACUGCACAGUGCAUGCACCUAUGGUAAAGACUUGGAAAUGGUCAAGUUUUUGUUGAGCCAGAAUGCCAUGAGCAUCAACCACCAGGGCAGAGAUGGACACACAGCUCUACACAGCGCGUGUUUUCACGGUCACAUCCGACUGGUGCAGUUCCUGCUGGACAACGGGGCCGACAUGAACCUGGUGGCCUGCGAUCCGAGCCGGUCCAGCGGGGAAAAGGAUGAGCAGACCUGCCUCAUGUGGGCUUAUGAGAAAGGUCACGACGCGAUCGUCACUUUGCUGAAACACUACAAGCGCCCGGAUGACUCUCCCUGCAAUGAGUACUCGCAGCCGGGAGGGGAUGGCUCGUACGUUUCUGUGCCGUCGCCUCUGGGGAAGAUCAAGAGCAUGACGAAAGAAAAAGCAGAGGUUCUUCUACUCAGGGCCAGCCUCCCCUCUCAUUUCCAUCUUCAGCUGUCCGAAUUGGAAUUUAACGAAAUCAUCGGAUCUGGCUCCUUCGGCAGGGUUUACAAAGGCAAAUGUCGCAACAAAAUAGUGGCGAUUAAACGCUACAGAGCCAACACGUACUGCUCCAAGUCAGACGUGGACAUGUUCUGCCGCGAGGUGUCCAUCCUGUGCCGCCUCAACCACCCCUGCAUCAUCCAGUUCGUGGGCGCCUGUCUGGACGACCCCAGCCAGUUCGCCAUCGUCACCCAGUACAUCUCGGGGGGGUCGCUCUUCGCGCUCUUGCACGAGCAGAAGAGGCUUAUUGAUCUGCAGUCCAAGCUCAUCAUCGCCAUGGACGUGGCCAAGGGGAUGGAGUACCUGCACAACCUCACCCAGCCCAUCAUCCACAGAGACCUCAACAGUCACAAUAUUCUUCUCUAUGAGGACGGACAUGCGGUGGUGGCCGAUUUCGGGGAGUCCAGAUUCCUCCAGUCUGUGGAUGAGGACAACAUGACCAAGCAGCCGGGGAACCUGCGAUGGAUGGCUCCCGAGGUCUUCACUCAGUGUACUCGCUACUCAGUCAAGGCAGACAUGUUCAGCUACGCCCUCUGUCUGUGGGAGCUGCUGACUGGAGAGAUUCCCUUCGCACACUUGAAGCCUGCUGCCGCAGCAGCAGACAUGGCCUACCAUCACAUCCGGCCUCCUGUCGGCUACUCCAUCCCGAAACCCAUCUCUGCACUUCUCAUGAGGGGAUGGAACGCAUGUCCGGAGGACCGUCCAGAGUUUUCCGAAGUGGUCACCAACCUGGAGGAGUGCUUAUGCAACGUUGAGCUGAUGUCGCCCGCCUCCAGUAACAGCAGCGGCUCCUUGUCGCCCUCCUCGUCCUCCGACUGCCUUCUGGCCCGGGCUGGACCCAGCCGGGGUCACGUGGCCGCGCUGCGGUCCAGGUUCGAGCUGGAGUACGCGCUCAACACCCGAGCCUACGCCUUCUGGAGCCAGAGCGAGCGGAGGCGUGCAUCUGGAGGCCUCUCAUUGGAGGAAAUAAGAAGGAGCAUGCAGUUUUCGCCCAUUGAUCGCAAUGGUUACGUGUCUGAUCCCAUGAGCACCAUGCGAUUCUGCUCCUCCUUCGGCAGCAAUGGCAGCUUUGAAGACAGUAACUAACAAUAUCUUACGGUAACUGACAGUAACUAACACAUUUUUCCCUUGUUGGUGAAGCUGUAUAUAAUUGUGUGUGUAGUUGAGGGGUUUUGUUGAUUAGAUUGCACUCAUGGUUCAUUUUUUAUUUCGUAUUAUUAGUAUUUAAGUAUUUAUCAUUUACUACAUUUUUUUUAAAUUUUAAAAUCAAUCAAUCAAUAAAAUUUGUGAUGACUACAUUUA